GUUCUGGUUUGUACAAUUAACUCCACGUUUUCGCUCUGCACUCGUCCCUCUCCUCUCUGAGCAGUGCCCGAGCUGUACCUGCGCAGAGCAUCUCUUCAGUCACCACAGACGCACUGCAGCAGAGACGACGGCAACGACGUAAAAAAAGACGCACGGAUUAUUUGGAAAGCGCGCAAAAGUCGAGACAACUACAAUGCUGCGAAGAAAUGUCCAAAUCCUGUCCCUGGUCUCCGUAAUGUGCCGCCUCUCUUUGGCCUUCCCUGCAGCUACAUCCGAGUCCAUCACACAUCUCCAGGUGAAGGUUCCUGACUCAGAUGUGAUAGUAUCUUCUUUGGGCAGCUUGGUGACCCUCCCCUGCUUCAUGUCCCUCUCCAUGGUAUCAGCCGGUAUUGAACCCAGAGUGAAAUGGUCGGUGGUGUCUGGUGGGAUAGAGCAGCAGAUUUUAGUGGCUCGGGGUCAAAGGGUAAAGGUCCAUGAAAUGUUUAAGGACCGCGCUGCAUUGCUAAGCUACACCUCAUCGCCGGAUGACCUCACGCUGUGGCUUUCGGACGUCCGCUCCAGUGACUCAGGACAUUACCGCUGUGAGGUGCAGCAGGGCUUGGAGGACGCUAGUGAUAUUGUACAACUAAAGGUCAAAGGUGUGGUCUUCCACUACAGAGAUGCUAUGGGCCGUUAUGCCUUCUCCUUCCCUCAGGCCCAGACAGCGUGUGAGGCAAUUGGUGCGGAGAUGGCAACUCCUGAUCAUCUCCUCGCAGCUUACCAUGACGGAUAUGAGCAGUGUGAUGCAGGCUGGCUAGCAGACCAAUCUGUCAGAUACCCUAUUCAAAAGCCCCGUGAAGGUUGCUAUGGAGACAUGGAUGGGCGUCCCGGUGUGAGAAACUAUGGGACGAUGGACCCAAAUAGCUUGUAUGAUGUGUACUGCUAUAUCGAUCAUAUGGAUGGUGAGGUGUUCUUUCAACCUGUCCUGCAGCAGUUGUCCUUCCUAGAAGCACAGUCACAUUGCAGUGAUUUGGGGGCAGAGCUGGCCUCCACUGCUCAGCUGUAUUUGGCCUGGAGCGAGGGGAUGGACCGCUGCAGUCCUGGGUGGUUGUCAGACGGUAGUGUGCGAUACCCCAUCGUCACCCCCAGGGAGCGCUGUGGAGGUUCACAGCCUGGAGUCAAAACUGUGUACCGCUUCAGCAAUCAGACCGGAUUCCCCGAACCAUCAAGUCUUCAUGAUGUUUACUGCUUUAGAGGUAAUGGCAUUGCUCCCUCUGCGUCUGCCAUCCACUACUCACCUACUGAGUCUGCAGACAUCGAGGAUAAUGUGGUUAUUCUCACAGAAAAAGUCCAAGAGCUACAACUGCACCAAACUGAGCAAGUGGAGAGAGAGGCCCUCAGCUUUCUAGAAUCAUUCUCAAUAUUUUCAGCUCCUGCCACUGAGAAAACUCCUCCUGUAGCAAACACAACUGAAUCUAGCUACAACACAACAACUGAACAAGAUGACAUUGAUUUUAACAAUGCAACAGUUACAGAAAUGCCACUUCUUCACGAGGAAGUAAGCGAAGAGUUGAUGGAAAAUAAUACUAUUACCGAAGAUGGGGAUAUUAUUGACAUAGAAGAAAGGGUCAACGUGACUUAUGAUAAGGUAGAAAAUGAGACCACAAUCUCACAUGUAUUAGUAACUAGCCUGAAUAUAAACCAUUCAAGUCCCAAUAAUGAGACACAGCCUAUUUUUAAUUCUACUUUUGAGCAAAAUCUGUUUGAAAAUGCCACUAGAUCUCUUGGUGUCAAAAAUGAAUCAGCAGUUACUGAAGAACCUGAACUUGCCGAGAUUGAGGAGUUAGUGCAAACUAAUGUCACAGAAAUAGACAGCUCUGAAGACCCCAUAGAGGAGGUUAUGACAGAAGAGACCAAUACAACUGCAAUACCCACAAUGCAACUGGAGGAGGAGUCUAAAGUUCAAGAACCAGUGGAAAUGUCAUUGUUGACAGAGGCCCCAGAAAAGGGAGAAGACAUUGUGACUAAACCAACUGAAGUGGUAACAUCUUCCACUGAGAAUCUGACAGCCUGGACUUGGAUUUUACACGACGGAUCUGGAGAUGAGCCUCAAGAGAUUGACAUGGAUGUGACAACUAUGACAGUUCUGGCUGAUUCUCCAACUUUGGAGAUGUCAACUACACCUGCUCCAUCUGACCUGCCCACUGUCAUGUCAACCCACAGUAUUCUACUGAAUUUAACCACUUCACCUGCAAAAGAGUUUAUGAGUCAAAAUGCAAGUGGAGAGUCUGAAGAUGCAGCAAUGGUUGAAAGUGAAGAAAUUAAACUAAUCACAACCAAUUCUGACAACCUAUUAGACUCUAGUGUAAGUUUUGGUACCACCGAGUCCCCAGAAGUGUCCUAUUCUUCUAUGAAACCAAACUUGAGAGAGUAUUUGGAGGCUGUAACCAGUGUUUUUCAAGAGGCAAGUGGACAAGAACCUGAAACUGUAGUGGCAAUUCUGGAUGAGUCUACGCCAACUUUACAAGAUAAUGUAACUUCAGCUAGUCAAGAUGGUCUGGAAGGAGAAUCUCUAGAAGAUGAAAAUGCAAUCAUUGAUGAGGAUGAGGAAAAUAUUCACUUACAAGGAACAGGCAAUUCAACCAUUGAUGACAACGUUGAAGUCACACAAGACAAUGUUACAGCUAGUUCAAAUUUUGAAAGCCACCCCACUGAAGAAAUUCUUACAGUUACCACAAGUAUUGAAGACGAACUUUUUGCUUUGCCAACCAACGACAAAAAUAACUCUUCAGUAUUUUCAAAUGACUCACAAACCUCCUACUGGACAUCACUGACCACUACAACUAGACCACAAGAACUUGAGUAUAACAAGAAAACCUCCACACUAGCCCAUCAUAACUCACCCAAAACUACUACAGCCAGACCAUAUUGGACCAGGCGCACCCAUUUGACCACUGCUAUCCCAAAAGUGACCCAUCAGACCUCAACGCCCCAAACAGUGACAGUGUACAUCCCCCCAGUGGAUACCGGCCGGGCGGACCACAAAUUUAGUCUGACCGCGCCCCCCUCACUGCAUAUCUUACCUGUAGAGAGGGCAGCUAUAGGCGGGACAGGGAAAAUUUCAGAUGGCUGCCUCAAUGACCCAUGUCUGAACGGAGGGACAUGCACAGAUCAAAAUGGACAAAUCAAAUGCCUCUGCUUGCCCACAUAUGGAGGGGAUUUAUGUCAGACAGACCUGGAGGUGUGUGAGGUGGGCUGGGAUAAGUUCCAGGGAUUCUGUUAUCGUCACUUUGGUCGGCGUCUGAGCUGGGAGGUGGCAGAGCAGCACUGCAGGACGAUGGGAGCACAUUUAGUGUCCAUCAUGAGCCCCGAAGAGCAAGGCUUUAUCAACAAUUUCUACAAAGAAUACCAAUGGACUGGUUUGAAUGAUAAGGCGAUUGAGGAUGAUUUCCGCUGGUCGGAUGGCAACCCCCUGCUGUAUGAGAACUGGUACAAGGGGCAGCCUGACAGUUACUUCCUGUCUGGGGAGGACUGUGUGGUAAUGGUGUGGCAUGACAACGGACGCUGGAGUGACGUGCCCUGCAACUACCACCUGGCCUACACCUGCAAGAAGGGCACCUCUUCCUGUGGUCCACCUCCCAAAGUCAGAAAUGCCUCCAUUUUUGGAAAAGUUAAACAGAGGUAUCCCACAAACGCUGCAGUCCGCUAUCACUGCUCCGAGGGGUUCCAGCAGAGACUGAACCCCCUCGUCAGGUGUCUGUCUGGGGGCAAAUGGGAAAGACCCCAAAUCCAGUGCAUCCCUGAGAAUUGGAGUCUAACCCAGUUCCCUAGUGUAACUAGGAACUUGGCUGCUACUGAAGACGAAUAUGAUUUUCAUGAAUUUGAGACUCCCAAAGAGGAGCCACAGUACUGGGAUAUCAAGUUUUAACUGUGUGUUUUUUUAAUUACAGUUGUUUUGAAGUUUGAACAUAAGCACAAUUUUCUACAACUAAGACUGAACAAAUCCUAAUAAGAGCAAGACACGUUUUCUAUCAGAUUUAAGUUUUGUUUUCCCUUUAUUAAAAUGGUUGGUCAUAUAAUGUCUUCUCUACACAGUCUUAAUGCUCAAAGUUGCUGUAUUUAGAGCAAUUGUUUCCCAUUUCCAAUUUUAAACGUGUAUGUUAUAUUAUUGGCACCCCUUAUUAUUAUUAUUUUUUAUUAUUUUUUAAUUAGUCAAAAGGUAGUUUAUCUGACUUUGAUAUUUGUGUCGUAGCUUAUGUAUCAGUUCCAUGGGAAGAGAAAUUUUGACCUCUAAUAUAACAUUAAAAAAGUGGCACUUUAUUUUGAAUCUAAGGCAACAAUACAUUUUAUUGUGCAUCUAACAAUGUUGGUAGUACAUCCUCCUAAAUGUGUAUAUUUUUGUUGUGUUUCAAAGUACUUUUACUGAAUAUGGUGCUAAAGCUUAUACAACAGUGAUGCUGGUGUGUAAUUCCCAUACAUGAAGUUUUAUUUGAACAGUCCAUCACAUAAACAUAAAAACUAUAGGAUCACACAUGUAUUUCCCCAGAGCAGACUCAGUUUUGUUCAUCAGCUUUAUGUUGUAAUAAAGUUUUGUAGAACAGAGCCAAGAAUAAACUCCUUUUUUAUCCUGAA